CAAUACCCUUUCAAUUUCCCACAGAUAAAAAACUCAACUUCCACUCUCCACCGUCGUCCAUCAACCGUCACUCAACCCACCGUCGUCACCGUCGACUUUCCUUCAUUCAACCCUAAAUACCAGACUUCCAUUGGUGUUCUUCUGUUACUCACAUAUUCAAGGAAUUUGCUAUAAAAAUGCACUCAGGUUCUGUUACAGCAUGCACAUCUGCAGGUAGACAUGAUAAUGAGCCUUCCGAGAGGCAAAAAUUCAGUGAGGAUGAGGAUGGAGAUAGGAUAAGCAACCUACCUGACUUUAUUAUUGGUCACAUUCUUACUUUUCUUCAUACUAAAAAUGCAAUUCAAACCAGUCUUUUAUCAUCGAGGUGGAGGUACAUGUGGACGUUCAUCACAAAACUAAGCUUUAAAGACAAUGAGCUUCCGGUAUCUUUUCCCCGUGAGAAAAUAAAAACUUGGUUUGUGAACUACGUAUCUAGGGUAUUUCUUCAUCUGAAUAGUGCAAGCAUCGAAGAAUUUUCUCUUGAAAUUGACGAAAAGUAUGACUCCUACCUUAUCAAUCAAUGGAUAUCUGCUGUAUCAAAUAAGAGAGUAAAAAGGAUUCAUGUUUGGUCAAUUAAGGCAUGUGACCUCUUUUUUUGUCCACUUUUCAAAUGCCAAUCGUUGGAGGAAUUGGUGCUAGAUAUCAUAGGUGGUUGUAGUAUCAAAAUUCCCACUUUUGUUAGUCUUUCAUCCCUCACAGUCCUGGACUUGGUUGGAAUCACAUUUACUUGUUACUCUUCUAUUACAUCGAAAGAGUUAACACUUAAUUUCCCAGUUCUUAGAGCGUAUAAGACACGGCGGUGCACUUGGUUAGAUGUAAAGAGUCUCACUUUAGAAGCGCCUAUACUUGAAGAGGUUUCACUAUCAUAUAAUGAGUCACAUGCUGAAAUUAAGUUUUGUACUUCGCAUCUUAAGGAAUUUCAUUAUAACAAUGAUAGAUCAGCAGAAACUGUUGUGCUAGAUGCACACAUUGCUUCUACAAAGAUUAGGCUAUCAGAUUUUUGGGACAUUAAUGUACAAGAAUCAUGGAUUUUUGUUUGCAAACUUCUUACAGUUAAUGCAAAGUGUUCAAAGCUUUGUCUGGAACUUAACUGGUGGUAUCUUGCAGGACAGGAACAUUAUUUAGCUGGAAUUCCUGAAUUUGAAUUGUUGCGUGAUCUUGAGCUACACUAUGUUACUGGUGAAGUUUUGUUACGCUUACUUUUAAAAUCACCGUAUCUGGAGACUCUAGUUUGCAACCGGAUACUUGAUUCUUAUGAAGAAGAACCGGUCAAUUUUGCAACUGUGCCCGACUGUUUUCUAUCUACCCUUAAAGAGGUAACAUUUGAGAAUAUUACCGACAAUGAGUGUGAGUUAAGUUUCGCCAAGUUUGUGAUGGAAAAUGCUCAGGUAUUGGAGAGGAUUAGUUUCUCAUGUUCUAGGAAGCCGCAUGUCUUGGAAAAUUUUCAAAAGAAACUAGCUUCAGUUAAUUGCAGUUCUAACAUAGCGAUCGAAGAAUAUUAUUCUUGUUAUCUAGGUUCAUAUUUAUAAUCACACAGUGUUAUUGGGUGAAUGUAUUUAAGUACUAUAUUACUUUGUUAUUUUCAAUGCUUUUGAGGCUGUCUAAGGCUUAUUUUGUUUAUGCUGCUUUUGUAAUACUCUAGUUGUUUGUAUGUGGGAACUACACCAAUCACUUCGGCUGUUCUUAUCGAUUCACUUCACCGUUUAAAUGUUGUAUAUAUGUUUUGUUUUUCGUUUUAUUAGUGAUCA